GAAGAAGCAUAAGAAGAAGAAAAACAGCAAAGCGUUAAUAUUUACAUUUUUUGGGUUAUUUAAUUACUACCUAACAAAAAACAGUCACGAACAAGAAGAAAGUUCAAAAGGAAUAAAAAUCGUGAAAAGUAGAAAUAGAGGAAGACAAGGACAAAGAAAAAAGGGAAAAUGACAAAGAAAGAGCGAAAAAGAAUGUAAAAAAAGGAAUAAGCAAAACAAGAAGAAGAAUAAGAAGAAAAACAACAAAGCCGUAUUAUUUCUAUUUGGUUCAUUUUACAAAUACCUAACAAAAAACAGUCAAAAUAUACUUUUUUGCAUUAUUACUUCUUCUUCUUCUUUUGGCUCAACAACCGUUGUCGGUCAAGGCCUGUCUGAACCACUUGUGGGGUUUGGCUUUCAAUGACUGUUGUUUUGUUAUUAAAGUGUUUAAACUUUACAAAAUUACCACCACAAACCAUAUGACAAUGAGAUCAUUCUUUCCAACCCCAUCGGCCAUUCGGCUCCUGGGGGGAUUCGGUAUCUGUAUCGGAAAUCAAAAAUUCCUCCACACACUACUCCCAACAACCCUCCCAGCAGCGGCUCCGAUUUUUUUUCCCUCGCGGGAAGGGAAGGGAAAGAAGCAGCCACCCCGUAGGGUGGGGUACAAAAAGCGCAUUAGUGUGUGCGCGAAGCAGCCGCGCGCUUCACACGCGGUUCGGGCCGUCGUUGGCGAUAACGGCCGCACCGAAACCGGCCGCCAGCCGGGCGAUUCAGUUCGCAUUCAACAAGUGACGGAAGCGGAUGAUCAGUGACCGGCACCGGCACCAAUAGAUCGGUCGCACGUACACGACCACGGCAUCGAGCCAAUAAAGCAUCAAUCGCCUGAAUAACAAAAAAUAAAAUAGAAACAACCCCCAAAACGCGUGGGCUUGUUUCCCUGUCCCUUGUGCAAGUGUGGUUGUGUUGUGUUUUGGUUUCGAAUUUAGUGUGUACUGUAGGGUUUGUUCAGUGUGUGCCUGUGUUCCAUCGAAAGCGAGUCUGUGUGAAUAGUACCAAUGUCCUACCUCACACAUACAUCGAUGCAACCUAUGCAAUCAUAAAUUCCUGUAAAAGAUAAACAUAAAGCACACACAACGAAUGCUACGCAAAGGAGGACGCAAAAGGAGGCUUGCAUAAACGUACGAAACAAUUGUAGCAGAGCAGUCAGAAGUGAUCUUUUGGUGUAACAACAGUACAAAUUGGCUGACAAACUAUUUUGUAUAGCGAAAUAGCAGUUUUAAGUUUAAAAAAAGCACCAGAAUCUAGAAGAUCAAGUAUAUUGAAGGUAAUUCAGCAUCUAAUGAAGUGCCACCGGAACGGGAAUAUUACGUAGAUCGUGUCGGUAGUUAAGCUCAUAAGGUAGUGCUUAACUGAAGUGCUGCACUGCCCAAAAUGCCUAUGAAGGAGUGGAUCUACCGGUUGCAGCCCGUCCAGCUGUACAUCGUGCUGGCCCUGUCGUCCGUCUACUUUCUGGUGCAGCUGUUCCUGAGCCACGUUUCCCACUCGCUGGUACUGCUGGUUGCGUCCUAUCACAUGCUUUGCAACAUCAUUGCGCUCACCGGUUGCAUUCUAACGAUAAAGAAAAGUGCCUUACCGUCUGCACGGGAAGACGGUGCAUUGAAGCAGGAGGCACGCUCCGUCUCCCAACAGCUGACGGCGGGUGAUGGGAAGUUUGCGGAAGUUCCACUAGCCAGCCAAGAGUCGACCGAUGACGGCAGCAAGGGCAGCUUGGAGAAUGCCGGCAAGGUUGAGCAGUCGGCCCUGGAGAUCAAGCAGAAUGUGAAGGUGAAAGCGCGACAGGCGCGCGAAAGCUCGCUGAAGAACACGUUCGGCUGGACGCGCAUCGACAUCCUCACGAUGCUGGUGGUGUGCAUUUUCAUGGCGUCGUUCUGCUUUUCCACAAUCAUCGAGGCACUUCAGACGCUGUCUCACAUCCAUCAUCAGGAUGCGAUGCACUUCCCGGCCCACAUUCUCGUGCUGGGCGCGAUGGGUUUGAUACUGAACGGGUUCUGCUAUCUGCUGAUCGGUGGCUACACGUACCAUCAGGGCAGCUUCCUGUACAUCACGGCUAGCGGAAAUGUGAUCCUAGAUCACGUCAUCACCGGGGACGGUGUGCGAAAGGGUGAUCGACGGCUUUCCGGAUCACGCAAACAGGUGUCUCCUUCGCAGAUGCGCGAACAAUCGAAGCGACAGAGUGUUCGAGAGCUGAUGAGGGAUAUUUGCAGUACUGUGAUCGUCAUUAUCUGCUCGGUGAUCGUGUACUAUACUACUGAGGAAACAUCCAAGUUUGUAGAUCCCGCUCUUUCGAUAGUGUCCUGCAUCAUUUUGCUCACCCUAAGCUACCCUUACAUGAAAGAAUCGGGCAUGAUUCUGCUGCAAACCAUCCCCGAUACUAUCGAUAUAGAAAUCUUCAAGAAGACGCUGCUUGAUGGCUUCAAGGAUAUUGUCAGUGUGCAUGAUCUUCAUAUUUGGCAGCUAAGCGGAAACCAGUACGUCUCAACGGUGCACAUCAUCUUUGACAACCCAAAGGUGUACUUAAAGAUCCACAGUGAUGUGAUAGAGUUCUUCCACGAGCAGGGCAUCAAUCAGGUUACCAUUCAGCCGGAGUUUAAGGUGACGGACGAAAAGCGUACCCUAGGCAGUGGUACGGAGUGCUGCUUGAUCCAGUGCCGAACGAUUGCCCAGUGCGCUAGCCGUACAUGCUGUGAUACGCUGUCCCAGGAGGCGGCGGCCAAGCAGGCCUUGCUGACGGAAGUUGUCGAUUUGCCGCGGGAAGAGAGUAAAGUUGAGUCGGAAGGCAAGGAAGAUAUACAGAUGAGUUCAAUGUCGGCAGUGCAAUCAUCCAGAGAGGUUAGUACCUCCGGCCAAGUGGCUCCAGAGCCCAACAAGUCAAUGACCUGUGAAGAGAGUGAAAUAACGCUGGACGAUACCGCUCAAGCCACUCCAGAUGAUAGUCCACUAGACGAUACCGCUCAAACAAAAGCUGAGAAGAGCACCGUCUCAGCCACAGUACAAAUAAGCCCAGUUAAGACUGAAUGCGAGCAGGUGGCGCAGGUAGACGGUGAUAAGAGCACAUAAAGAGGUAUAGUACAUACGCGCGGGAAUUACAGUAGAAAAGAAUGCCAGUAUACACUUGACGGUAAUCUCGUCAGGAACAGUUCAAUCGUAUUUUAAUUUGAAAACGUUUACUAGGGUAAGUUGGUGAGUGUAGAGAGCGGAGUGUGCGAAACGUUUUGCACCAAACCGUCCGCUCAGUGAUCGAGCGGACUGCCAUAUCGCUUACUACGCUUGGUAAAGUGAGCAAAGAUGUCGAAUUGGUUGUGCCUUGUGAAUGUAUUUUAGCUGCAUUUUACUUUGUUAGCGUUAAGAUACAUCAAUACAUACUGAUAAAUGUAGCAAAACACAAACAA